AUCUAUGCUGUGCCCACCAUGAAUAUUGUGACCCAUGUUUUAGUGCUAUAAGCCUUUAGGUUUACCACUGAGUUGAAACAAUUGGAUAUUUUUGAGGGAAUUUUACAAUUACUUCAGUAUGUUUAGUAGUUGAAAAGAGUUCAAGAGAGAAGUUAGAACGAUUUUCUGGGUUUUUGAGUGAACAUAUACAUGAAGAAAUGGCGUAAGUAAAGACGCCUAUAUUGUGAAAUAAGGUUGAGAACUAUAUAGUACAACUAGCUGGUUCAGUGGUAUUAAGAAUCACGAGUUAUACAAAGAAAUGAAGAUAUUGCUUAACAACGAAAUAACUGCACUAACACCCAUUGCACAGAUCGACCAAUAAAGUGUAAGGACUACUUGUGGGUAACUUGGAAUACCAUUUGUAAGGUCGAGAGAAUACAAAGAAAAUAUGGGUGAAAACUCAUGUUUGAAGCCGAAAAGUUAGUUCUUCAGCUCUUGCCAGCUCUUACCAGUUUUUCAGCUGUUCUUUCAGUCUUAUUCGAGAGAUUGCACUAUGAAUAUGAAAGUCUCAAACCUCCAAAAGUACCAGCCCAGUUCUGUUGAGAAAAGAAAUUAAUGGUACAGAAAAGUUCUCAGGAUAGUUUGAAUAAAUCUCCACUUACAAGAAUAUGCAACUAGUCAUGAAUAGGAACUGGUGUAUCUUCAUGUGGAAAACAAUGUUCAAGAUUACAGUCAUAAAAUGAAGUUUCUGUAUAAGUAAUUUUAGAGAGAUCUUGCUUGUAGAUUUGUAGCAAAAACUAAUGACUGUAUCAUACACUGCAGAAGUUGCUACUUCUCGAGGAUUAGGUUGUUUUUGGAAACUUCUUUUUAGAUGGAGAGGAAGUAUUUACAAGCUAUUAUGGCCAGAAUUAUGUUUGUACUUAUUUGUGUAUUAUUUAAUAAAUAUUAUCUACCGGACAAGUCUCAAUGAUUCAAGUAAGAGCUAUUUUGAGAAGAUUGUCCUGUAUUGUGCAACAUUUUCCAAUUUGAUUCCUAUAUCUUUUGUUCUGGGCUUCUAUGUUUCUUUGAUCAUUAAGCGAUGGUGGGAUUCUUUCUCGAGUAUUCCAUGGCCAGACAACAUGGCAUUUUAUGUCAGUGCUUUCAUUCAUGGCCAGGAUGAACGUGGCCGCCUGAUGAGGAGAACAAUUAUGCGUUAUGUGAAUUUAGCUUUUAUCAUCACUCUGACCUGCAUUAGUCCUGCUGUAAAGAAGAGGUUCCCUACUUUAGAUCAUUUAGUGGAAGCUGGUGUUCUGCUUGCUAAUGAAAAGGAAGUAAUAGAUCAUUUAAAAACUCCUCACCCAAUAUACUGGAUGCCGUUAAUAUGGGCAUCUAGUAUUUGUAUUCGGGCUAGAAAAGAAGGCAGAGUUCGAGAUGAUUUUGCUUUGAAGACUCUUGUUGAUGAAAUAGCAAAGUAUCGAGGAAAAUGUGGAGACCUGUUUAACUACGACUGGAUCAGUAUCCCUUUAGUGUACACUCAGGUUGUGACAUUGGCUGUGUACACAUACUUUUUGGCUGCUUUGAUGGGGAGCCAGAUGCUGGAUCCAGAGAAGGGCUACGAUAAUCACCAUGUUGACAUCUAUGUUCCUAUAUUCAACUUCUUACAGUUCUUCUUUUACAUGGGAUGGCUUAAGGUGGCUGAAGUUUUGAUCAAUCCAUUUGGUGAAGAUGAUGAUGACUUUGAACUUCACUGGAUUAUUGAUCGGGAUAUUCAGUUUUCUUAUCUGGUAGUGGAUGAGAUGCACCAGGAACAUCCAGAACUCAUUAAGGAUCAAUACUGGGAUGAAGUCAUGCCACCAGAUCUUCCUUAUACUAUUGCUUCUCGGCACUUUUAUUGUGAACCUCCACAGGGGUCAGCUGCUAGUAUCAUAGUUCCUCCAGAUGAAGCUGAAUUUCUACCUCCAGUUGAGGAAGAAGAGAAAGAUGCAACAGAAUUGGAGACAAAGCUGAACAUUCCUUAUUCGUUACCAGUGAAACGGCUCCAUGGCUCUCGCCCACUCUCAUUUGGGUCCCGUAGCACUCUAAUGGGAUCCUCCUAUCGCAGACAGGCUCCGUGGAGUAUACUAAAUAAGAUGCUUGGCAGAGACAACUCAGUUUCAGGAAGUAACAUGUCCUUACAGUCAAGCAGACGAGGAAAGCAUGGUCGAGGUAUGUUAGGCUCCAUGCCUAAAGACAUUGCAAGCUCUCAGAUGACUAGUCAAUCUCCUCUACCAACACCUUCGAGCACCAUUCCAGAAUUCCAGGAGGACAUCUUUCGGAUGUCUGAGAUUUCACUUUCAGAUACACGACCUACACAACUAGCCCAAAAUUCUGUUGCAUCAAGCAUCUCCAACUUACAAGGAAAGCACUACUCCCAUCAAAUUCCAUCAGCGAAACACACGAUUGCUUCUGAAUAUCCAAUUAAAAUGGGCCACAGUGAAGACCUCUUAAGAGGGUCUAGUGUUAAAUUGAGACCCAAAAUGCCCUCUAUGAAAGACUUUGGGAGAUUACGCAAAAGGAAUUCAAUUGCUCUUUGUGAAUCAGAGAAUUCUGAUGAACAGCAGAAAACACCUGAUAAGAAUAAUAAAACUAGACACAAUAGUGGAAGUCAGACCAGCAUACAGACAGCAAUUUACCAGGAAGACAGUGACUAUGAUCUACCUUUUUCCUCACAAGAUCAAGGAGAAAACAUUCACCGAGGACAGAAAAACAUAUUAAGAAUGAAGCACAAAUUUAACAGAGCCAGAAAAAUCAAUAAAUCUACCCCUUCAGUUACCAGGUCUCCUACUGGUUCAUUUGUUACUUUAAUCUCUACUAGUAAACAUGGCAGAAAUGCUUCAACUACUAGCAUAAUUACAAAUUCAGCUGAAGAAAAUCCUGUGAAGAAUAUACUUUUCAGACACAAAGACGGCCUCCUCAGUACAGCAAAUAAGAUAGCCUCAUCUCUCAGUUUGAAACCAAGAAGAUCAGUUAGUGUUGCGGAUUCAAGUUCUGAGGUCAAAGUUGAACCUGGUCAGCACCAUGCAACCUGGCAGCAGAAUGUUAAAACUGGUAGUCAUCCUUCCAGUCCUGGUGAAGAUUUUGAAGAAUAUGAUAAUGAAGAGACCUUGACUCAAACUUCUAAUGCUGGUCUUCUUGCCAUGUUGAUGAAGUUUCAGCAAGAACAGAAUAGUAGAUAUUCACAGGAAAACAUGGAUGGGCAAAGUGUAAAGAGUAUUGGAGAUAUAAACCCUAAGAGUAUUUCAUCAAAUAUUUAUGCAUCAGACGGGUUCAUAAAUUCUUCAAAGGAUUCAAUAGCUUCCAGUAUACCUGGAAAUGUGGAUUAUUCAAGUGAGAUACUAGAAGAUAUGGAACUAGAACCCCCAGAAACUGACCUGCCUUCUACUGAACAAAAUACCAUUGUCACCAAUGUAUAAGGUAAUGUUAGUGUAAGGUAUAAAACAUAUUAAGUAUACUUGUGUUUAUUUUCUGAACAAAAGUUUCCUAUCAUCACUCUCAACACAUAAUGAAUUUGUUUGUGAAUUAAAAAAUUAUUUUAAUAUUUUAAAUCUUGGUGACACUUUACCAUUUCUGAAUUGGUUGCUAAUGCAUCGAAUAAAUAUAUAUAUAUAUAUAUAUAUAUAUAUAUAUUAAAUAAAUUUAAUAAGUUAAGAAUUCAGCUGACCACAUUUAUCAUUUUUACCAUGCUUUUAAUAUACUUUUUCAGAUUUUAACUAUGGCACAUGUGUAUUGACUGUGCAGUUAUGAUAUGUUAUUCCAUGACAACAUUAAACUGUAAUAAAUAUUUCUAAGUAAAGUGUACUACUUCUGAAUAACAUUAAGACUUCACUUUUAUAGUCAUAUUUUAACUUUUGUAUUUUAACAUCUUAUGCAUAGGUGCAUUUUUAGACACAAACUGGUGCUAUUAUGUUUAUAAAACAAAAAAGAUAGCUACAGACUUCUAAAUAAUUUAAGUUUCCCAUAAUUGUUUUGGACAAAAAGUGAUGGUGGUUGUCAGGUUUUUCUUAGUGUAAAAAUAAGAUGUUGUAAUGUACAACAAUUUUAUUUUGUUGUUGUUGAAUUUUCUUUUAUCCCAUUUAUGUUAUUUUUUUAAGUUACACUAUAUAACCAUUCCGUGUAGCCUGAAAAGUGAUUGCAUUUUGUUGGUAUGGUUUUAUUUUAAACAUAGGGUUUUUUAGUUGAAAGGUACUGUUCUUGUUUGGUAAUGCAUUAUUUGUGUUUGGUAUCACACAACUAGAAGUAGUUUACUUGAAUUAAUAACUUGAGCAGAUUUGUUUUAUUCUUGUUUUAAAGUUUGUUAUGAUAAUAACACACUGGAAUUCUGAUAUAAAAUGCUUCUAUUUCUUUGAGAUUUAACACCUGUUUUAUGUGUAAUUCUAGCUGUUACGUUGGAUGGUGAUCUAAGUUUACAACUAGUUUUGGUGGUAAAACUUUUUCUGUUGGAAGAUUUUUCAGACAGCAUCUAAAAUUCAUUUUUUUCAUUUUUUCUCAACCCUCUGUUGGUUCAGCAUUAAGUGAGUGAGCUUAUAACAUUAAAAAUUGGGUUUCCAUACUUGUGGUGGGCAGAGACCAAAUAGCCUAUUGUGUCAACAAACAAACUUUUUCCUUUCCUUUUUGAGCUGUUCACUUGUACAGCUGAGUUAUCAAGUUUCUCAGAAUUGAUGACUGAAACAAAUGGUUAAAGGAUAUGAAAUCAGGGAUUUCUCAGCUUUUGUUUUUAUAACUACAGAGCCCUCCAGGCCCUCAGAUUAAUUCUCAUUCGGUUAAUGUUAUCUGUGAUAUAUUCUAUUGAUGCUUUUGUAUAAUAGAUUGACUGCAUCUAUACGGACCUCUACAGAUUAAAACUAGAAUCCAUACUGUUUUUGGAACUUUGAUACAAAGACUUUGAUACUAGUUUUAAAAACUUUCACAUGCUCUACUCAGUUGUAUGGUGUCUCACAGAGAAAGAGAGGUUUAUUCCAGCGUGUAGCUUAUGGGAUGAAAUUUGAUCCCAUAUUUUCUGUAGGAUGUACAAGUGUGUUGACAAAACCAUUUUGUUUAGAAUGACCCUCAAAAUUAUUAUACUAGUAUGCUAUUAACUACACAGAUUUCAACAAUUUUUUAUGUAAUAUUCUGAUUUUUAGAUAAGUUCGGAUGAUUUCCAGUUUAUUAG